AUGCGUGGACACACGGCCAGACGGAUCGGCUGCACGGCUCCGGUAUCGCUCGAUGGUCCUCUGCUCACCGAGGUCGAAGCCUGGGCUGCGGAUCAUGAUCGCCGCGGGCUCGACAGGAUCGUCCAUGACGUAGGGAAGGCUGGGAUACGCGAUAGGGACGCUUGGCAAGGGUGUUUCACCGUCUACAAGGGGACGGCGGCAGGCAUGCCUGUUUCUAGGAUCCUGUUGAAACGCGAGAAUCUUUCGGGUCCAUGCGGCCAUGUGCGCGUUGCGAGCCUCUGGAUGAAAGCUAUGAAUCAGGAGCUCACCGAGCGCCCUUGUGUGGCAUCUGACUGCCUGAUCGUCGAGAUCCGCACACGACAUGCAUUCACGUAG